AUGGUACAGAGCGCUGAGCAUGUCCCCGCGGCCGUAAGCCCUGUGAGGCGGGAGUGCGCGGACCUACCGGCGGACCAGUGGCCGAAGGGACUGUGUACCAGCUUUAAGUGUGAGGCCGGCAGUGGGAGAGACAUAGGGGUGCAUACACCAUACAUAUAAGAUACUAUUAACCUUGCUUUUAUGUGGUUGAGAGGUUUAACACGGAUUCUGCCUAUUUCCACACUUUUACAUGGCAGCGCAGAAUACAGCUCUACCUGCAAUUAGUGCUCCCUUAUAUGCUGUCGUUUUUCAGAACAUAUAGGGCAGAAGACUUCUUGGUUUCAGAGCUUCAAGCCACAGAAGAGGAAAAAAGCAAACUGGAAUCUGACCUAGCUAAUGGUGAAGAACCAAUGGACCAAGACUUAUCUGACGUUCCUACCAAAUGUGUCUCCACAACAGAACUGAUGGAAAUCAAAGCACGAGUGACGUACAUCGACUACGAGGGUCGCUCUGAUGGCGACUCAAUCAAAAAGAUUAUUAACCAGAUGAAGCCCCGCCUGCUGGUUAUUGUACAUGGACUGCCCGAUGCCAGCCAAGAUCUGGCUGAGGCGUGCAGAGCAUUUGGAGGCAAAGACAUAAAAGUGCACACCCCAAAACUGCAUGAAACAGUGGAUGCCACAAGUGAGACUCACAUAUACCAGGUUUGA